CCUCCGCGCAUGUGUGUGUGUGCGUGUGCAUGAGUGUGUGCGAUGCGGUUUCCAACCGUAGACGUGGGCCACCUUCAUCCGAAUUAAACCAGAAAGGACUAUUAAGUGCGGAACGCUUGACGCGAGCGGAGCCGUCUCUCCAUGUGCACGGCGGCGGUGGCAAAUGGACGCCGAGGUGCUGCUGGGUCCCCCCGUGAUGGCGGACGUGAACGGCAACAAUAAGCUGGCCAACGCCGAGCUGGAGGUGCUCAAGCUGCAGGAGCUAGUGCGAAAGCUGGAGAAGCAAAACGAGCAGCUGCGGAGCAGGGCCAACGCGGUAAACAAUUGUCCCGUCGCCUCCCGCCAUCACCAUCUCCACCAGAACCACCGCCAGCUGCAGACAGGUUCUCCGGCUGUCAAGGAUGCUUUCCCGACCAAGUGUGAGACCCAAUUCCCCUGGGAGCCCUUCGCCUAUUUUCAGCCCAGCUCGUCGUCUCUCGAUGCCGCCGAGCAGGAGGUGGCGGGGGAGGAGGACGAUGAAGAGGAUGGAGGCACGACGGUUCUGGACGAGGUUGACGUAUUGGACCUUAGCACCGUCCUCACCGUGUCGGAACCGGAAAGCUGGCUUUAUGUGAGCACCAAAGCCAUGUUGCACGGCGGCGACAGCGGCCUCAGCCCUCUCCAGUGGUGCAGGCAGGUCCUGGACCAACCGGGACCAGAAGUGGAGCUGGCGAGGAUGACGCUGUGCCACAGAUUGGACCAAGCCAAACGAUGGCGAGGAGUGUCCUCUGUCCGACCGUACAGCUGCAUAGACGGGCUGUCCGCACUCAGUUGCCCCAUCCUGCCUUACUCCAAACCUGCUGCAAUAAGCGACACCACAGCUCUGCCGAUGCCAACGCUGUCGCCGUCAUCGUCCGGCCCCGCCCUCCCACUCAGGCCGAGCCUCAGCCUGGACAGGGCCCCCACUUUCCUGUCGAACUCCACCAUGCACAAUGUUGGCCGGCGGCACGCGGCCAUCAGCCCUCAGUCUUCCAUGGAUAGCGAGGCAGGCAUUUCCGAGAUGGAUGACGACUCCAUCUCCAUGGGGUACAAACUGCAGGACAUGACUGACGUGGAGGUCAUGGCCCGCCUUCAGGAGGAGAGUCUGCGUCAGGACUACGCGUCUACCUCAGCAACAGUCAGUCGUCGCUGCUCCAGCUUCUCUUUGAACUCGCUCCGGCGCAGCGAAGUGGAUCUGGAGGAGGAUGACGAGGAGGAUGAGGAGGAGGGUUACGAUCAGCUUCCUCCUCCACAGCCUCGACUCUUCCGCACGGGCUCGCUGCAGCGGGGCGGCCUGUCCCACUCCCAUACCUUCUCCAGCUUCAGAGACUGCAGGCGCAAAUCCACCGCCUCGAGCCUCUCGCUCGGGGGGCUGGCACCCUACACGGGGGCCGCCGGCCUGAGCGGGGAAACGCACGCGUCCUACAGGAACAGCGCAGACAUUAGGUUGCGGAGAAGCAUGCCUAACCUGAUGCGAGCUCCCAGCAUGCCGAGCGUUCCCAGUAUCCCGAGCGUUCCCAGUAUGCAAUGCCUGGCGUCCCCCGUCAACCCACCGUCCCAUGGUCCCUCCUCCUUGCCAACCAUGUCCUCCCUGCGCAGCAGCCUCAGCUUUGACUCGUCGAGCAGUCUCGCACGCCUCCAGUCCUCCAUUCCUUCUCCGGGCCAGCUGAGUCAACGCGUCCAGAGCGUUGGUAACUUCCCCGCUGCCCCUCGCCACCUACUCAAAGCCACCGCCUACGUCAGCCCCACUGUCCUGCAGGGCCCCUCCGCCUUGUCCACCUCCACCAGCCUGCACUCCAUUUCCAGCAGCAGCACGCCGCUGCCUCAGCCCCUCAAACCUGCCGCCAUCUCGGUACCGCAGCCCGUAAAGACCCCCGCUGCAGCUGCCCAGUCCGCUCUCCCCCGCAGCUCACUCCCUCGCCCCGCCUCCUUUGUGGGCCUUGGUGGAGCUCCACGCUCAAGCAAAAUUACACAACCUACGCGCAGUUUGCUGACACCCCCAAAGAGCCUAACCCCCCUAAGUACCCUGAGGGAUGCCAGCUGGAAAGAUGGCUGCUAUUAACGUUCCACAGGUAUCUUCAUAACAAUGAUACUAAUACUACUCGUAAUAAACAGGGUCCCGCUGCGUUACUGACUGUAACAAUUGUUUAACUGCCACCCAAGAAAGAAUGACUGUUUUUUUUUUCUCCGAAAGAUGACGUCUAUAGAUCCAGCAGGCUGGAUCAAUAAUAAAGCAGGGGUGGGAAACCUGCAGUUCCUGGGCCAGAUAUGGUCCACCAGAUCAUUUGAGCCGGACCAAAAACAAGUAAAACCUCAAAGAAAGUGGUAGAAAUUCAAAUAAAAUCCACAGAAUUCGCAAAUCAUAUUCAUAAACACGGCCUCA